ACCAUAUCUAAGUUCUUGGAAAGCAAAGAGUGCAUAUAGAGAUGUACUUUCAAUAGCAAAAGCAUUCAAUUCAAUGUUUGUACUAUUUGGCUAAAGGGAAAUAACAUUGUCGUUUGAUGUCAAAAAGUCAAAGCCACGACCUUGACUUGUCUUCAACACUUUUAAAGAGCAAAAGGGCAGAUUUCUUUAAAGAAAAAAAAAAAAAACCAAUAUUGUUUCAGCAGAGAGAGAACACCAUUGGCAAAAACAAAAACAAAAGAAGCCUGGCUAUAUUUUCUUUUCUUUUCCAAUCAGCCUGUCCAAAACUCCUAGCUUCAUGGUUUUUUAUUCCUAUUGCCUAACUUGGAUUUGAUUUUAUCACUUGCUGGGCUGUUUUCUAUCAGGAACCAUCAGCUGCUCUAGUAAAUUUCGGUCCUUUCCUUCAAAAUCUUUUAGUUAUGGUUUCUAAUUACUGUAACUAGAUUUUGAUUUUUUUCUUUUGUUGUUUUUGGUAUAAUCUUAUCUGUGACUUGUUUCUGUCUUGUUAAUUGCUUCGAUUCUUGAAGAUACUGUUUAAGAACUAUAGUUUGUAGAAAGUUGAUUAUUUUUCUGUUCCUAGUUCAUAUUUGUACUUUUGAGUUUGUUCUUGAGUUUAUCUCUGAACUUCUUUUCCAGUAUAUAAUGAGAUUCAGGAAGCAGAAAACUAUGACGGUUUACAAAAGUUCUAAAAACCUUUGAUAAAUCGAUUGUGAUAAUAUUGUUCACUUGAAGGUUCUUGAUUUCCAUGGUUUUAACUGUUCCUCUCAUCAUUAAGAAUUUUGCUUCUCCGUUUUGUGUCUCUGUCUCUUAGUAAUGCUUAAUCCUUACCUGCCAUGUUAAAUUGGCCAAAUUGACCGUUGACUCUCCCUCAAUCUUCCCCAUAUCAUUGUGCCUAAUUUGACGACACUUUUUGUUUAUAAUAUUAGUCUAUCCUUCUCCCUUUUGUAGCAUUCCAUUUCUCUUCUGGUUUUUCUUUUGUAGUUAGCCCAAAGAUUCAUUAGUUUUGGCAAGGACAUAGUUCAGGUGCUUUUGCUGGAUUCUGUUUAAGAGGUUCUUGAGAUUUAAUUGUGGGAUAUCAAUUCAUUUGUCCUGUCUUUUCCUUUGUUGGUGAUGCACAACUGUCAAUCUAUCACGGCAACCUAUGAAGCGGAACAACACAUCAUUGCUGCAACUCAGCAUAUUCUGGAGGCAUUACGGUUAAGUAAGAACGUGAGUGAUGAUCUUAGAAGUGCACUCAAGGCGGUUGACUCCCAUUUAUCUUCAAUGGCUGUUAAAAGUGAAAGCGAGGGAAGCGAGUUUACUGAGAUUGAGGAACAGCUAAAUUCUGCUGAGGUAAAGGUGAUGCAUUGGAUGUCAAAUCAAUCUCACAUGUGGGACGCUGGCCCCAUGGAAGCAGCCAAUUAUUUGCAAGCUGUCAAGGAGAUUCUAGCCGUGAUUGAAACUGUGGGAGGUCUGUCUGUAAGUGAAAAUAGGAAGGCAAAGGAGAUUGUUUUCCGAGCUCAGCAUGUGCUGCACAUAGCAAUGUCAAGGCUUGAAGAAGAGCUCUGCCACAUUCUGAUUCGACAUAAGCAAUACUUUAAGCUGCAAUAUGAGUCGUUUCGUUCACCCGCAGAGAAUGUGGUUUAUGACGAGUCAUUUACCUCUGUUGAGGAUGAAAUAAUUGAGGAAACAUCUCAGAGAGAUGGGAACUGCGGAGAAUCUAUUCAAUUUACUGUAGAUUUGGUUGAUCCACAUGUAAUUCCUGACAUCAAGUCCAUUGCAAGUGUUAUGUCUGCUUGCAAUCAUGUUCAAGAGUUUUGUGAGACUUUUAUUGGUGUCCGGAGGGAAGCAUUGUAUGAAUACUUGUCUAAUCUUAAAAUGGAGAAAGUGAGCAUCGAGGAUGUGCUGAAGCUGGAGUGGGAUUGCUUGGACAGUGAGAUCAAGAAAUGGAUAUGGACUAUGAAGGUCAUCAUCAAAGGAUAUCUUGCCAGUGAGAAACGGUUGUGUGACCAGAUAUUGGGGGAAUCAACUGCUGCCAAUUCAUAUUGCUUUGUUGACAUUUCUAAGGAUUCAAUUUUGGGCCUUCUGAAUUUUGGCCAAGCUGUAGCAAUGGGGCCUCGUAAGCUAGAGAAGCUGAUCCGCCUACUUGACAUGUACGAGGUUCUGGCAGAGGUUCACCUAGAGAUUGAUGCUUUAUUCUCAGAAAAUAAUGGUUCUUUCGUUAGAAUUGAAUUUCAGGAGCUUAUAAGUAGACUGGCUGAUUCUGCUAGAGAGACCUUCUUAAAAUUUGGGAAUGCCAUUUCAUGUAAUGCUUCUGUACACCCUUUCCCUGGAGGCGGAGUUCAUCACCUUACCAAGUAUGUCAUGAAUUACAUGAGGCUCCUACCAGAAUACCAUGAUACUAUGAAUUUACUUCUCAAGGACCAAGAUGCAGAUAAAUCAAAUGUUGUUGUUGAGAUAGAUGAUGGGCUGGAUAUUUCUUCUUCCACCUUUUGCCCAAUGGCUUGUCACCUUCGGUCAAUUACAUCUACUCUACAAUCCAAUCUCAUUGACAAAUCCAAAUUAUACACAGAUGAGGCUCUGCAGCAUGUUUUCUUGAUUAACAACAUCCAUUACAUGGUCGAAAAGGUGAAGGACUCUGAACUAAGGCUUUUCUUUGGUGACGAAUGGAUCAGGAAACACAAUGCGAAAUUUCAACAACAUGCAACGAGCUAUGUGAAAGCCACUUGGAGUUCAGUCUUGUCCAUUCUUAGAGAUGGAAGGACAGCUCCCAAAGAAAGAUGCAGGAAAUUCAGCAAUGCUUUUGAGGAGAUAUACAAGUGCCAGACAGGUUGGCGCAUUCCGGACCCUGGGCUUCGGGAAGAUCUGCAAAUCUCAACUUCACAGAAUGUAAUCCUUGCCUAUAGAAAUUUCCUUGGCAUAAACAACAGCAAUGUCAGUGACAAGCAUGUGAAGUACACUGCAGAUUAUCUGGAGGAGCUGCUUUUGGAUUUUUUUGUUGGUUCACCAAUAUCACUGCGUAAUUCACGCAGGAGGUAAAGCCAUAAUAUUAAUGGCUUUUAAGUUUUCAGAAUAUAUUUUCCUUGUAAUUCCCUUUGUUAUUCCAAUUGUGUAGUGAUUGUAACAGAUGUUUAGAACAUCAUCGUCAUUGGCCUGUUAACAAAAUUUGUGAAGCAUAUAAUUGGUUGGACCUUUUUAUUCCA